AUGAGAACAUGGCUUAAUCAACCUCUUCCAUCAACGCACUUACCCCCUCACAUAUGGGCCACUGUUGACAAAGCUAUGCUGUCUUGUACAACAAUCCAAGCUACUUUUGUUAUUGCUCGUAAUGAAGAUGGUAUCCCUUUUCCAAUUCCCACUGAUGCUCCAAAGGUUUACACCGAUUUUGAGGCUGCCACCUAUGAUAGUCUGGCUGAAAUGAUGCUUAAGGGAAUGAAAGAUAACCUCACGAAUUUGUGUGGUGUUGCAGCAGAUGCAUCAGGCUACUAACAUUCGAGGGAAAGUUCUGGAAAUGUUGGGUAUUGGAGAAGAUGAUGCACAUCUUGCACUACCUGUUACUUGGGAUGCUGUGCAUGCUCUAAACCUAGGAGUAACAGAUGUGAAGGAUUCUAAAGAAGCAAGUGGAAUUCACUUUUUGAAGAUUUAUCAAAUGAUGCAAUGUUUUUAA